AUGGCUCGAAGAGUGAGCAUCAAUGAGCUGGAGGACCAGCUCCUCUGUCCCAUCUGCUUUGAGGUCUUCAAGGAGCCCCUGAUGCUGCAGUGUGGACAUUCCUACUGCAAGUCCUGCGUGGUGUCGCUCUCUGCAGAGCUGGAGGGGCGGUUCCUGUGCCCCGUGUGCCGCCAGACCGUGGACGGCAGCGCCUCGCCGCCCAACGUCACCCUGGCUCGCGUCAUCGAGGCACUGCAGAGCUGGGGGGAGGCAGAGCCCACCCCACAGGCCUGCCCAACACACCACAACCCCCUGAGCCUCUUCUGCGAGGCUGACCGAGAGGUGAUCUGUGGGCUGUGUGGCACCAUCGGCAGCCACCGGCAGCACAGGGUCAGCCCCAUCUCCACCGCCUACUGCCGGAUGAAGGAGGAGCUGUCUGUGCUGCUGACUGAUAUCCACCAGUACAAGAGGAACCUGGAUGAACACUUCAGUAAGCUCAUCAACAACAAGAGCCGUAUCGCAAACGAGGUGGAUGUCUUCAAGUGGGUGAUCCGGAAGGAGUUCCAGGAGCUGCACAGGUACAUCGACGAGGAGAAGGCCACCUUCCUGGAGAGCAUCGAGGGGAAGGCAGCUCAGCUCAUCAGCUCCAUUGAGGCACAGCUCAAGCAGACAUCAGAUGCCCUGCAGAGGCUUAAGGAGAUGCAGAGCUCUCUGGAGGCACUCAGCAAUGACAGCCAGCUUGAUUUCAUCCGGAAAUACAGCUCCUUCCAGUUCAGGUCAGAGCUCCCCAGCCUGCUCCCUGGUGAUGGCUUCUUUAACCCUGUGUCCUUCAAGCCAUGCUUCCACCAAGAUGACAUCAAGAUGACCGUGUGGAAACGUCUGCACCGCCGUGUCCUGCCAGCUCCGGAGGCGCUGAAACUGGACCCGGUGACAGCGCAUCCCCUCCUGGAGCUCUUCAAGGGCGACACAGUGGUGCAGUGUGGCCUCUACCAGCGCCGGGACAGCAACCCCAAGCGUUUCGACUCCAGCAACUGCAUCCUCACCUGCAAGAGCUUCUCCUGCGGCCAGCACUACUGGGAGGUGAUCGUGGGCAGCAGGAACCACUGGCGCCUGGGCAUCAUCAAGGGCACGGUCAGCCGCAAGGGGAAGCUCAGCAAGUCCCCCGAGCAGGGCGUGUGGCUCAUCGGCCUGAAGGAAGGGAAGGUCUACGAGGCCUUCAGCACCCCGCGGGCCACCCUGCCGCUGACCGCCCGGCCCCAGCGCAUCGGCGUCUACCUGCACUACGAGAAGGGAGAGCUGACCUUCUACAACGCCGACAGCCCCGACCAGCUCAGCCCCAUCUACACCUUCCAGGCGGAGUUCCAGGGCCAGCUCUACCCCAUCGUGGACCUGUGCUGGCCAGACCGAGGGCCCUACUCCCCUCCCAUCAUCCUGCCUGCACCCACUGGGAGCCGCCCCCCCCGGGUGCUGUACGACCCCUCUGCCCCAGAGGAACCCCCCAAGCCAUAG